UGCUGCCAAAGACACUCCGGCGAGCAAGCGGCAACGCGGGCCCAAGGUGGCCACCCCCCAGCCGAAGACGAGGAAGCCGAGGCAGAAGGCCAUGAGCGAGGUGUCCAAGAGGCAUCUCAUUGUGGCCUUGAUCGAUCGCAGCGAUGAGAACGGGAAGAUGACGGCGGCGCAGUGGAAGUUAGUCCACGCGCAGCUCGUCGAGGCACUGUUCUCGCGAAUGGAGGAGGACCCUAGCGCUCCCAUGCCCACGUUCGAUGGAGCGGGAUGGCUGAACGGGGUCAAAAUCCUCAAGUGCAAUGACGACCCAACGCGGCAGUGGCUGGUGCAGAAGGUGCCCCUACUGGAAGCUCUGUGGGAGGGGGUCAAGCUGGAGGUGGUAGACAGGGAGCUGAUCCCGUCCAUACCAAAGGCGAAGGUGCUCUUCCCCAUUGCUGCUGAGGGGGAGCGAGCACUGAAGCUGCUGCAGAGGCAAAAUCCGGACGUGCCAACUGCUGAUUGGAAGGUUCUGCAUGCCGGUAGCCCACUACCCAACGAGGGGGGCUAGCACGUGAUCCUCCAGAUCAGCAAGGUGGCGGAGGACAUCCUGUAUCCCAAGUUCGGGAAGAUGGCGUGGGGCGUAGGUAGCGUAUACCUACGGCUGAAAAAGCGCCACCCCGAGG